UUUAAAUAGGAUCGUUUUUAUUGUAUAGGAAUCCCAUACUAUUUAAAUCCAAAAAGCAGAUAAACUGAUUUCUUAAUUCUGACUAAAAUAUUAUUCUUAAUUAAUUGAGCAUCACAAUGAGCACCGAUGACACACUUGAGAUACCAGGAUUUUACUUCGACAGAGAAAAGAACCGAUAUUAUCGGUUAUUACCUGGUCAUAAUAACCAUAACCCACUCACAAAAGAAAACUUGCCAAAACAGUCAACUAGUUUACAAAAUACCGAAAAACCAGAACAAGUUUUUAAAAAUGAUGGUUUAACUGAAUGAAUUAAAAGAAGAGAGUUACAAAACAUCACUAAUGCCAAGUUUUAUAUGCAAGCAAGGGAAAACCAACUCUGUAAAUCUGAAAAAGAAAGCGCUUUAACAAGAAUUAAGAUAACAGUAUAUGACCAAGAUUUUACACCUUACUCUGGUUUCAUCCAAUCUAGAAAUCCUGAGUCAUUAUUUUGCAUUUCAAACUUCCAAUCUAGUAUUCACAUGUUUGAUAAAUUUGAUAAAAAACAUAAACAAUUUGAAGCCACAAAACGGAAAGAGAUUUAUUGUGGAGAACAAUUAUUAAGUUACAGCCAAAUUUCGACACCAUCUGCUACUAAUUGUCUCAUUGCAACAUUUUCAGUUGGUUUCAAUUUUUCAAAUGUGAUGCUAUUUUGCGAUAACAGAAUUUUCUCUCUCUUUCGUGUUAAACAGACGCCAUGGUCAAGUGCAUGGUGUGGGUACCCCGGCGAAGAAAACAGAAUAAGCUACUCCCUGGAUGAGAAGAUAGUCAUGGUGCCAAAUAUAAUGUAUGAAAGACAGGGGUUACCUAAUGGUAAAACAACAAGACUUUCAGCCAGAAUAACUGCCCAGCAUUUUUCGAGGUCAUGCAAAUUACAUUUCAAUGGGUUAUUGAAUGGAAGUAUAAUAUGUAAAGACUGGAGUGCUGGCAUGAAGACAGUGUUUAAUUUUAAACCACCAGGAAAAACAAACCAGAAGGUUACAGAUGUUGAAAUGUUGUCAGAUGGUAGAAGAUGCAUUGCAAGAUAUUUUUCAACUAUAGACUCUACUAAGUUAUGGGAUUUAAGAUGGGCUAACUCUCCACUGUUGGAGUAUUACUGUUGUGAUGUAACUUCUGUUCGAUCUUUGAAGAAAUUCCACAUUUCCAGUGAUGAGAAAAUUCUUGCUGUUGAUUAUGGUAAAUCUGACAGCUCAUCUUUAUUCAACAUAUCAGAUGGACGCUUAUUGGCAUGUUAUAAAGGCAUGGUGUCACCAUUAUAUUCUGACUGUUGGCCUAUGUUAGAUGGGAAUCCUGGUACACUGGGAGUAGAACGCAACUGUAUGGUAUUUCAACCAUUAGGUAGUGUUCAAAAUUGGAACAAUUAAAGCCUAAAAUAAAUAUGAAAAUUUGAACUAUGUAUAUUGAACUAUUUGUUAAACAAUUCCUUUUGCACUGCACGCCACAGAGCACCGAUGUUUCCCGCCCCAAAACCGGAUAUUGUUUGAAACCUUUGAAUUAUUUCAAAAAAUAAUGUUUUUUCUUCAAACACUGGAGUUGUAAAUGCUUGCAUGAUAAACCUAAAGGAAAAUAUAAAAAAAACUUGAUAAUCCUUUAUUAUUUAUAUUUUAGCUUGUGUAUGUUGUAUGUUUUUAAAUCUAUAACUCUUCUGCCACUUUAUUUUUCCUGUGUUAUAAGACAAAAAAAUAUUACCCCAAAA